AUGCCUACCUGUGACUGUGUCCCUCACCCUCACUCUCUCUCCAGGCUGAACGACGUCGGUCUCACAGAUUCUGGAGCCGUGGAUCUCGCCUCCACUCUCAGUACAAACCACACGGUGACGAAGCUGUACCUGAGUGGGAAUAAACUGGGAGAUUCCGGAGUGAAACUGGUGUCUGAAGCUCUGAGGAACCCGGACUGUAAAAUACAGAUACUGUGGCUGAACAGUGUCGGUCUCACAGAUUCUGGAGCCGUGGAUCUCGCCUCCGCUCUCAGUACAAAGCACACGGUGACGAAGCUGUACCUGAGUGGGAAUAAACUGGGAGAUUCUGGAGUGAAACUGGUGUCUGAAGCUCUGAGGAACCCGGACUGUAAAAUACAGAUACUGGGGCUGAACAGUGUCGGUCUCACAGAUUCUGGAGCCGUGGAUCUCGCCUCCGCUCUCAGUACAAAGCACACGGUGACGAAGCUGUACCUGAGUGGGAAUAAACUGGGAGAUUCUGGAGUGAAACUGGUGUCUGAAGCUCUGAGGAACCCGGACUGUAAAAUACAGAUACUGGGGCUGAACAGUGUCGGUCUCACAUAUUCUGGAGCCGAGGAUCUCGCCUCCGCUCUCAGGAAAAAGCCCUCACUGACGGAUCUGCGCCUGACACACAACUCCCUCACAGACCGAUGUGUCCCCGCUCUCCACCGCCUCAUACUGACCCUCCCGAGACUGGAGUGGAUCGGGCUGGGGAGAAUGAGUUCAGUCCGAGCGGGGAGGAGGAUCUGA